AUGAGCUCCUUGCAAGGAACAUUUAGCACGCCUUUGAAUAGGUGUGUUGGUAGAGGUAGAGGGAUCCCGACCGUGUUACAGUUUAGUACUCCUGUACAGAGUGAUGUAGUCCAUGCAGAGGGGAAUGGGCAGGUUCUAGCUGAGGCCACUUCAGUUAGUGGGGACAGAGUUCCUUCCCAGACUCAGUGCAGUGUACCUAUGACGAGCACACAGACUACUGAUGUACCGGCAACAGAUCCCUUUCUCCAGUCACCUGACAUAGUUGGUCAGAUGAGUACCAUGAUAAGACAUGUUGGCCAGCAGCUGGCAGAUAGCAUUGUUGCACAUCUUAGCCCAACACAUAACGUUGCCACGCAUGACAAUUCAGUGUUCCAUGACACGGCCGUUAACACAUCCACACAAAGUAGUGACUCAUCACAAGUUCUGCUAGUUCCACACAGGAAAGUUCGGGAACCUCCAGCUUUCAAGGGGGAUCACACUGAUACAGUUAAUGUGCAUGAAUGGGAAGACCUCAUGAGGAACCACAUGAGGAGAGCAACUGUAGCUCCUGAGCAUCAGGCAGAGGAAAUCCUUAUGGACCUCAGGGGUAGAGCUAAAGGUGUAAAAGUUAGUGCAAGGAACAGUGCAGUUGAUGUUACCCGGAACCCAGAUGCCAUCUAUGGCCUUCUUCGUAAACAUUUUGCGGCUGUCCCUUGUUCACCUCUCCCCCUAGCAGACUUUUACACUACGCUCCCUGAGUUUAAUGAGGACGCAUAUGACUAUUGGUUGAGGAUUAAUAAUGCAGCUGAGUCGAGCUGUGUGCUUAUGUUGUUGAGGCACUGGAAGAAGUUGAAAGUUCAUGAUGGGACUCUAUACAGAGUAAGGAAAGAUCGCCACAUGAACCGUAGAGUCUUUCAGUUUGUCAUACCUGGGUCUCUGAAGCAUCAAGUUCUACAUGGUGUUCAUGACGCAGCUGGUCAUCAGGGCUGUUCAAGGACGCUCUCUCUGGCUAGUGAAAGGUUCUUUUGGACUGGGAUGGAAAAAGAUAUCACGAAGCAUGUAAGGCAAUGCCAGAGAUGCAUCUUGGGUAAGACCCCUGAGCCGAAUGCCCGGGCACCCCUGGAGAACAUCCGCACUUCCUCUCCAAUGGAACUAGUGUGCAUCGAUUUCUGGACAGCAGAAUCGGGUGACAAGAAAACCACUGAUGUCCUUGUUGUGACAGACCAUUUCUCAAAGUUGGCCCUUGCCUUCCCCUGCAGGAACCAGUCAGCAAAGCAAGUUGCCCGUUGCCUGUGGGACAAAUUUUUCUGCAUUUAUGGGUUCCCCAAAAGGAUCCAUUCGGAUCAGGGAGCUAACUUUGAGAGUAGACUCAUCAAGGAUCUUCUCGAGAUGGCGGGGGUGCACAAGUCCCACACGACGCCGUAUCACCCCAUGGGUAAUGGUAUUGCGGAAAGGUUCAACCGGACUCUUGGAGGCAUGAUCAGAACACUUCCCCCGAAGUCCAGGUCCAAAUGGCCACAGAUGUUGAACAUGCUGACUCUCUGCUAUAACUGCACAGUGCUUGAGACCACGGGCUUUGCACCGUUCUACUUGAUAUUUGGACGUGUCCCUCGCUUGCCUGUUGACAUUAUGUUCCAUCAUGUCUUGGAGAAUGCAAAUGUUGUUAGUCACGAUGAGUUUGUGAGCAACUUGAAGAAAGAUCUCUCUGAGGCCGCACAGAUUGCUCAACAGCAUGCAGUCAAGGAACAGACCCGUCACGCCCAGAUCUACAACCGCAAAGUCAAGGGCUCGCCAUUAGCUGUAGGUGACAGAGUGCUGCUAGCCAAUCGAGGUGAGAAGGGCAAGAGGAAAGUUGCGGAUCGUUGGGACUCGACCCCUUAUGAUGUAGUGUCUGUGAGGCCAUCGAUCAAUGUGUACAGGAUCCGGGACGGUGCCACGGGCAGAGAAAAGGUCGUGCACAGGAACUUACUACUCCCGGUUGACUUCUUGACGUUCUCAGGCCAGAUGGAGCACGGGUCAUGUUCAGAUGCGUCAGAAAUGGAUGCACGUUGUGGGAGUGACAAGAGCUCAGUUUUUGAUGAUCAGGAGGACGCUCAGCUGCGCACUGAG